AUCUAGUGAUGAAGUGUGAUAAAGUACAUGUCAGUCAUACAGUUUCUAGCAUUCCCAUCGGUUUCCGUUAGCACGGGAAAAGGGGAAAAGAAGAACAACAAAAAGCCAAUAACGAUAAACACGACAAGCGCGAGUGUGCCAGUUAUGACCACGAGUCCCCCAAGCUCCACGAGCUCUCCUCGAGCGGACUACGCGUUCUUCGUGACCAAAGCUAUCUGCUACACUAUAGUAACUAUCCUCAUCUUGCUCGCCAACGUCAUCUGCCUACUCGUCUUCCUAACCUCACGGCGCAUGCGCACACGGCCUUACCUCUUACUGGUCAGCCUGAGCGUGGCAGAUUUCCUUGUCGGCGUCAGCGUCUUUGAGAAGAUACCACAGCUUGAAUUGUCCAAUGGUGACCUGGUGAUCCGCAGCAACCUUGGAUUCCUGGCGGACCCUGCUUCCCUAUACACUCUAACAGCCAUCGCCAUAGAGCGCCUCAUCGCCACCAUGUUCCCGUACUUUCAUCGCGGUGUCGGUCUGUGGUUGUAUGUCUUGCUUGCGGGGCUUCCCUGGCUUAUGGGCUUCGCCGUGAUGAUGACAUUCAUUGGCAUCUUUUACCUGGGCACUCCCCGCUCGGCCGAGUUCUACUUGUUCCUGACCAUUCCUUUCUCUCUGGGGCUCAUCCUCCUCGCAUACAUCUCCCUCGCCCUCAGUCUCAGUCGCAGCCGCAUUGUCACGCAAAACCCUGGAGCCGCGGAGCAGCGAGCGUUACGAAACCGGAAAUUGGCGAUCACGCUAGCCUUUGUCACGCUGGCGUCACUUUUGGCUUGGUGUCCGUAUGGCCUGUACGAAAUCGCGCUCAUCUACUGCAACAGUUGUACCAAGUCGGCGCGCAUCAUUUUCGCGCUGAAGCUUUUGCGUUAUCUCAACAGUGCGGUCAACGUUGUCGUGUACGUACUGCGCAUGCCCGAGUUUAACCGGUACAUGACAGCCCUGUUUCGCAAGUGCUCUAGCCGUGUUGACCCUAGCAACGACCACUCAACACAAAGCUGCGACCACACGAGCCGCCGUGUAGCGUCCGCAGUAUGGCGAAACUAAAGCCGGGUUUUCACUAGAGAAGGAAACUUAAACGGGACAACUCACGCGUAUGUGAAAAUAGGACGAAUGUAAGUGAAUUAGAGGUAAUGUUACACGAAGAUAUGUUUUCUUACGUGUGUAAUUACGUGUGUAAUCCCCUUUUUGCAGCUUGCAGGUCACAGAAACAUAAUACACAGAAACAUAAAACAUAAUACACAGUUUGCGAGUUUUUCUCGCAAAGUUGCGAAAAGUAAAACAACAAAAACAAACUACCACUUUUCUUGUAACUUCGCAACAAAAAAUACACAAGUUGCAAAAAGGGAAUUUUCAUGCGUUGCAACAGAAUUAAAUACCUCGUGUAAAACUGGGAGCUCGCUAUAUUGAUCAUAUAAGGCUACAAUUAAAAAAACAUAUGUAAA